AUGAUAACUGGGAACGGUAUCAUAUUUUUAGGUACAGGUUCUUCGUCGUCUACGCCCAAACUAUCCCACAUUUUCAAAAACUCCAAAAUUUUGUUAAGCCAAAAGAAGGGGGAACCCCAGAGCUCGGAGCUGAAGCAGGAAGACAUUGAACAUAUAAACAGAUUUGUAGACGAGUUGGUUACACAUGAUAUAGAAUGCAUUGAUCAGCUGAACGAUUUAUAUCUAAGAAAAAGGUACCCGGAUUGCCAUGAUUUAAAAUGCUACACUUGUUACGAUGCACUGAAUAGUAACUCUAAGAAUAAAAGAAAUAAUAUCUCCGUAUUGGUGAAGUCAAAUGACUCGUAUGUAUUAAUUGAUGUCGGGAAAACCUUCAGGGACAGCCUGUUGCGGAACAAGGACAAAAUUAACUUCUAUGAAAUCAAGCUAGAGUCGGUGCUGAUAAGCCACAGCCACACAGACGCGCUGAACGGAAUAGAUGACCUGAGAGACCUCCAAGAGUACAACAAAAUAACCAAUGGAGAUAGCUACUACUACACCCCGAAGAACCCAAUUGACGUUUACGUGAAUGAAGUUUCAUAUGAGAGACUGCGAAAUGGUUAUGACUACCUGGUCAAGAAGAGGAAGGAAAAUAUUUUUUUUUCCAAAAUAGCAGCACUUAACCUGUUAGUUAUCAAGGAUGAAAAGUAUAACAAAUUAAUUCUUGAAGAAAAAAUGGCUAAUCAGAUAAAGGAUGGUACAGUUGUGAUGCCAAAGCAGGACCAUAAAGGUAGUACUACAAAUAGUACACAGAAGAACCAAAUAGAUGGUGGGAACAUAAUUAAAAAGAAGGGAGGGUACGACGAUGAUGAGGGGAUGAAGACGAAGGGAAAGGAAAACGAGGAACAGAAGGAAAACCACCUCCUCAACAACAACGCUGAAGCUGACGAUGGUGAUGAUGAUGAGACUUGUGUAAAUAUACAUACGUACAACAAAAAAGAUGAAUACGGUUAUGUGUACACCAAAUUUGACAAAAACAAACGCAUCAGAUUUAUUCCAUUCCAACAUGGGCGUAACUACGUAUGUGUUGGGUAUAUCAUAGGAGAGAAUGAAAAGUUGGUUUACAUUUCGGACUGUUCCUAUAUACCACCCAAUGUACUGGAGUACAUAAAGAAGAUAGGCUCCACUGAAGUAUUAAUCAUAGACGCCCUUUAUUAUAAAGCAAAACAUUAUUCACAUUUUUCUUUGCACGAAAGUAUAAAAAUUGCUUUGCUUAUCAAGCCGAAGAAAGUGUACUUUAUUGGAAUGUCCUGCGAUAUAGAACAUUAUAUCACUAACUUAUUUUUGAAGAAAUUAUCGAAUAAAUAUCCAGACAUUUCUUUUUCCCUGGCGCAUGAUGGUUUGUUUGUACCGAUCAACUUUUAG